UCCCCCCGGCGGCCACCCUGGGCAUGGAGCGCACGCCGGCCCGGGCAGAGGAGGCGGCAGCGGCAGCCCUGGAGCGGCGCUGAGCAGAGGAGCGGAGGAGCCGGGCGGGCGCGGCGGCGGCGGAGGGCGAUGAGUGCUGGCAAAGGGUAGCCGGAGAGAGCCAGCCGGGAGAGGCGGCGGCGAGCACCACCAUGCCGGUGCGCAGAGGUCAUGUGGCCCCGCACAACACCUUCCUGGGCACCAUCAUACGGAAAUUCGAAGGGCAAAAUAAAAAAUUCAUCAUUGCUAAUGCUCGAGUACAGAACUGUGCGAUCAUCUACUGCAAUGAUGGAUUCUGUGAGAUGACAGGAUUCUCCAGGCCUGACGUCAUGCAAAAACCAUGCACCUGUGACUUCCUCCACGGACCGGAGACCAAGCGGCAUCACGUUGCCCAAAUUGCCCAGGCAUUGCUGGGCUCAGAGGAGAGGAAAAUAGCAGUCACUUAUUAUCACAAAGAUGGCUCCUCCUUCAUUUGCAACACCCACGUCAUCCCUGUGAAAAAUCAGGAGGGUGUGGCCAUGAUGUUUAUAAUUAACUUUGAGUAUGUCACGGAUGAGGAGAAUGCAGAGUCUCCAGAGAAAUUCAACCAGAUACUUUCAGCCAAAGUUGCAAACCAUGGUAACAACCUUUCAAGAGGCUCUUCUUCAGGCAAGCUUUUUGGGUUCAAGCUUCCUGGGCUGAGUCUUCUGUCAUACCGAAAGCAGUCCUUGCCGCAGGAAGAUCCUGACGCAGUGGUCGUGGAUUCGUCCAAACGCAGCGACGACUCCAUGGCCAUGAAACACUUCAAGUCCCCAGCGAAAGAAAGCUGCAGCCCCUCGGAAGCAGACGACACCAAAGCACUGAUCCAACCAAGCACAUGUUCUCCUCUGGUGAAUAUAUCGGGACCUCUUGAUCACUCGUCCCCCAAACGGCAAUGGGACAGACUGUACUCGGAUAUGCUGCACUCCAGUAGCAUGCUAACCCACGCUCAGUCGAAGGAGAGCAUCUGCAGUAUACGGAGGGCCUCUUCGGUACACAACAUAGAAGGAUUUAACAUCCCGCCUAAGAAUGUGUUUCGAGACCGGCAUGCUAGUGAAGACAAUGGUCGCAAUGUCAAAGUUUCACGCUCCUGGAUGGCCGGGGGUCCUUUCAACCAUAUCAAGUCAAGUCUAUUAGGAUCUACGUCAGAUUCAAAUCUCAACAAAUACACCACCAUCAACAAGAUUCCCCAGCUUACCCUGAACUUUUCUGAUAUCAAAAGUGAAAAAAAAAGUUCGUCACCUCCAUCUUCAGAGAAAACCAUUAUUGCCCCCAAAGUGAAAGACAGAACACACAAUGUAACUGAGAAGGUUACACAGACAACAACGCUCAUUGGCCUACUGAAGACUGCCAGGUUGCUGCGUUUGGUGAGGGUUGCCCGGAAACUGGAUCGCUACUCUGAAUACGGCGCUGCUGUUCUGAUGCUCCUAAUGUGCAUCUUUGCUCUCAUUGCUCAUUGGCUGGCUUGCAUUUGGUACGCUAUCGGCAAUGUUGAGCGGCAUUACCUGGUUCAUAAAAUUGGCUGGCUGGAUUCGCUGGGAGAGCAACUGGGAAAACAUUACAAUCGGAGCGACCUCAGCUCGGGACCAUCGAUCAAGGACAAAUACGUCACCGCGCUUUACUUCACCUUCAGCAGUCUGACAAGCGUAGGAUUUGGAAAUGUAUCACCAAACACCAACUCUGAGAAAAUAUUUUCCAUCUGUGUCAUGCUGAUUGGCUCAUUAAUGUAUGCAAGCAUUUUUGGAAAUGUAUCAGCAAUAAUCCAAAGGCUGUAUUCAGGGACCGCCCGGUAUCACAUGCAGAUGUUGCGUGUGAAAGAGUUCAUCCGCUUCCAUCAGAUUCCCAAUCCUCUGCGGCAGCGGCUUGAAGAAUACUUCCAGCAUGCUUGGACCUACACAAAUGGCAUUGACAUGAACAUGGUCUUAAAGGGAUUUCCAGAAUGUUUACAAGCUGAUAUUUGUCUUCACCUCAACCAAAGCUUACUCCAGAACUGCAAAGCUUUCCAUGGGGCCAGUAAAGGCUGCCUCCGAGCUUUGGCUAUGAAGUUUAAGACGACACAUGCACCUCCUGGGGAUACGCUUGUGCACUGUGGUGAUGUUCUUACAGCACUUUAUUUCCUGUCCCGAGGCUCCAUUGAAAUCCUCAAGAAUGACAUGGUUGUAGCAAUUCUUGGCAAAAAUGAUAUUUUUGGAGAGAUGGUGCAUCUGUAUGCAAAACCAGGGAAGUCCAAUGCAGAUGUGAGAGCUUUAACCUACUGCGAUUUGCAUAAGAUUCAACGAGAAGACCUAUUGGAGGUUUUGGAUAUGUAUCCUGAAUUUUCGGACCUGUUCCUCACCAAUCUAGAGCUCACUUUCAACCUGAGACAUGAGAAUCCUAAAACUGAGCUCACAAUAAGGUCGCAGAGCACGAACGGUUCCGACGGUGACAACAGCCAGCUACUAAGAAGGAAACUGUCUUUUGAAAGUGAAAUUGAUAAAGGAGACUAUGACAAAGAAGACAGGGACUCAGCAGACAACAUCCGAUGUUAUCAGGGCGGCAAGAAACCUUUGGAAGAGAAGAGAAGUCAGUCAUCUUCUUUGGUUUCGUCCAUCAAUGAUGAACAAAAACCCUUGUUUCCGGGGAUCAUGGACUACCCAUUGGUAAUGGGCAAGGCAGCAGUGCUGGAUUUUGAAGAGAUGGUGCAGGUCACUGAAAGGACCCAAGCCCAAAAGAGAAGUCAUUCUUGCAAAGACAUCACUGACAGAAGCAUCUGGGAGGAGAAUUGCAGCAAGGACCACCAGGAGUCAUCCAGUCAAUCCAUUUUGCCUCAUGCCACAUGGGGUAUCUCUGAAACAGACAGCGAGAUCAACUAUGGAGAAGUGGAGCAGAGGCUAGAUGUCCUUCAAGACCAACUCAACAGACUUGAAUCCCAAAUGACUGCUGACAUUCAAACCAUCCUCCAGCUGCUGCAGAAGCAGCCAGCCCUCAUCCCACCAGCCUAUAGCAUGGUGACGGCAAGUACAGAGUAUCAGAGGCCAGCUGCCCGGAUGGUGCCAAGUCUUCAUCCCGUAGCAUCUAUUAAAACAGACAAAAGCUUCAGCCCUUCACAGGCCUGGGAAAGAAGUCUGCUAUCUUAUCCUCAGGGUGGGUGUCCCGAACUCCUAGAGCUUGAAAAAUCAAAACUGAAAUCCAAAGAAUCCCUCUCCAGCGGGGUGCAUCUUAAUACAGCUUCAGAGGAUAACCUGGCGUCUUUUUUGGAGCAAGAGCAUGAUCAGCCUUUGGAACCACCCCCACCACAUUGUAAGACUUGCGUCCACCCAAUCAGGCACCCAUCUUUGCCAGACUCCUCCCUAAGCACGAGAGGAAUCGUGGGUCUUCAUAGGCAUGUUUCUGAUCCUGGUCUUCCUGGGAAAUAACCCUUUUAUACUCUUACAUCACCUGAAAUGUAAGUGCUUUUAAUGGCUGGGUUUUUUCCUCCUUUUUUUGUAUUUAAAUCCUCUAUACUUGACUCAGGGGCUACAAGGAUAUACCAUUAUAUGCAAAAGUACUGUAUAUUUUCCUAACUUUGUAGCUUGUAAGGUAAGGUUAAUCAGUAACAAUGUACAUAUAUAAAUAUAUAAAUAUAUGUUAAUAACGAGAAGACAAACAGUAUGUUCCGUAUGUAAAAUUGCCAGCAUUCUCAAGGCACCUUAUAUUUUUUAAUUUUUUAAAAAAUGCACCCGCAUGUUCGGAAAUGAUUACAGUUCUGUUGCAUGGAGAUUAACUGUUUACUGUUUUCAGCAAACUCCUGUUUUGGUUGCGGAUAGAUGCCUUCAAAAAAUUAGAAUGCCGAUCCACACAGAAAAGAUGUGAGUUUUUUUCUCUCUUGAGCUAGUCUGAAGUUCAAGCAAAACCUUCCUCCCACUUGCCUUUGAAAUGAAAUAACCCCCUUUCUAGCAGUGAACUUUCCACAAAUCAGCAGAGCCCUUCCGUGGCAUCGGCAAGAAGAACAAUAGCUACACCUUCUGAGUUCAUGCAAACGCCGUUAGUAAAGUAGAUUUUUCCUUUUAACUAUAGGCAGAGCAAUUAUAGUGCCUGAUGGAAAGCUUCAUUGCUGACUUGCAUCCCCAUUGGCUGAACAUUUGCUGUCGCAGGUUUUGUUUUAACCCCCCCCCCCCUUUUUGAAGACCUUACCAAAGCUAAAAGCUGCUACAAAGGCACUUAGCUGUCAAGAUCCUCAAACAUAAUCAAAUGCAAUAAAUAUAAUUUCUACAUAAUACAGGAGACUUUGUUCGUUUUGUUUGAUGCAAAUCGUGUAGCUGGCUUGGUGAUGACACUGUUUGCUCGGACCGUCACUUUUGUGGUUUGAGAUUUCUCUUUUCACCUGCUGUCCUCUACCCACACACUCAUACACCACAUUAAAUGGCUCGGCAUGUUAUUUUAAGGUGUGGUGCAUUCUAACCCGAAGACACCGGAGUUACCCAUUCAAGAACAACUCUUUGCAUGUCAGUCUGUAUCCUUCCAUGGAACAAAUGUGGGGCAUGAUCCAUCCUAGCAAGGCCACAGUGCUUACGGCUUGCUUUUGCCUGUUUUUCCCUCCCCUUAUUGGCUCAUAGGCAAGCACAUCAAGCCAGGCAGUUACAGAAUCAGAAGAUAUGUGUCCAUCUGCUUUUUUCCUUGUCCUGCUGUCCCUUUAGGUCAGCACAAGUUGCUGGAAUUCAAACCCCACUGUGUCCCAUCAAUGCUGUGUCAAGCAGUUUCUCCUUGAGUCGUAUGUCAAUCCUACUGACUCAUGGGCGUUCUAUCUGCACUACGUUUGGAUUGCUCCAAUGACAUGGUCUUAUUUUUGCUGGUUUUCCCAGGUUCCUACAAAAGCAGCCCUGUUCAUUGAAAUGGAUGAAAUAACCUCAGUAUCUAGGUCAGAUCCCGAAGGGCCCUUCUUUUCACAGGAGUCUUUCCAUGAGUGGAAAAGUCCUUCCAUUCAUAGAAGGGCGUAUUCCACUAAUGAAGGACUGCCUCAGUGACGGGAAGGGAACCAAAUUUGGAAUCAUCUGCUGGAAUAUACACAGAUCUUCAGUGUCUGUACUGGGCAAAAUAAUCCUCAGAACGGUAGAAAUGAAGGCUUAGGUCUACAGUACUACAGUGUUUCUGCGGGUAGAAGGGUUUCUGCCCCCAGAAGACAGCUUUGUUGGGGCAUUUGGAGCUGCAACAACAAGGGAAGGUGGAAAUCUUUCUGCUCACAAAGAGACUGUGCUGGAUCCAAACUGAAAGGUAUAUUUAUAUAUAGGGGAUUGUGAGUAUAUAUGUCCCUUUAGGCAUAGAUGGUCUUUUAAUGUGUAAUAUAUAUGUACAUAUCUACACACAUAUAUGUGAUUGUGUGCAUACAUGUGUACAUAUGUACAUAUGUAAAUUUACUAUCGAGUACUGUUGUAAACUUUAGCUUAACUUCUGUCCAAAGCUGCAUCUACUAGAAUAAAAUGAUCGAUGGUCCGUAGGCUUUAAAUACAGUAUAUACUGUAUAUGCAUAAAGGUUUGUGAAUAUAUUUAAUUUUAUUAAAAGAUUAUACUGCCUCAA